AUGGUGACCGUCAUGGCGCGCGUCGUGCUGAUCUUGGCGGCGCUCGUUCGUCCCUCCCCAGCCCUCCCUCAGCUGGCAGUGAGCUUUGCGCCCCCACCUGGACUCUCGUUCCUUCUCUCUCCGUCCUCUCUGUGCCGAGCACGGAGGUGUCAGCCGUCACAGCUGCACUCGUUCCGCACCAGGUUGCGAGCAGAGCUAAGAGAUUCUGAUGACGACAUCUCCGCAUAUGGUGGAAACGCGACAUCUUCAGGAAGAACGGGGGUCCUGGGCAAAGUUGGCCUGGAGAAGAGCGAGGGCCUGCCGCUGCCGCUGGUCUCAUCCCGUCCCAGGGACGGGAGGGACUCCAUCCUCGAGCAGGAGAGAGGGAUACUCGGGAUCUUCGGAGAGGAGAGCGUGCUGAAGCAAGGGCUGGUGGGAGUAGCGUUGCUCUUCAUCCUCUACCUCGUCAUAGGACGAAUGUAUAUCUCGUCUCCGAUGAAUCGUUAUCAAGUGGUUGAAAGAUACGAGGAUGCGUACAUCUGCUACGGAAUCCCUUCCCCCGACGAUCCCACGGGGUCAGUGACUGCAGCGAAAGCCUCGUGACUCUUACUCGCAGGUGCCGGGACAGGAGGGAUGUUGGACCAGUGAGAGUGAUGGAGAGGAGGUGAGGGAGCGAGCAAGACUAGGAUGUAGGUGAGAGGAGCAUGUAGAGGCUGCUUCAGUCCAAUGCUCUCUCUCUUUCGCUCUUGCACGUAAUGAUUUGUGAUGUAAAAGUAGCAAGACGUU